UCUGACUCUUGAACUCCCGCCAAACAUCUUUGCUCCUACCAUCCUCUCUUUCCCUCUUUGUUCUUCUCUUUCUCUCUUUCUUUCCUUCUCUCUCUCUCACUCAGAUUAGAUGAAAUAGACGAAUCAAGCUCUCUGAAUUCUCUAUCUCGCUCUGUUUUCACAGAUUGGUUGGCUGGCACUAAGAAAAUUCGUUGGUUAUGGAGAAAGAUGGGAAGAGCAACCUUGAAGAAGUUGUGUCUAUUGAUUCAGAGGAAGAUACAACUCCAAAAAUUGGAGAAAAUGCAGACACUAAAGAAGAUAUAACUCCAAAAAUUGGAAUGGAGUUUGAUUCAGAGGAUGAGGCAUAUCUAUAUUAUAAUAUAUAUGCUGGAUAUGUUGGAUUCAGUAUUCGAAGAGAUUGGCUGAACAGAAGUAAGACAGAUAAAACAACUAUCAUAUCCCGCAAGUAUUGUUGUUUUAAAGCUGGUUACAAGAAGGAAGUUGCAUAUGAUGGAAAGAAAUCUAGAAUGGAAUUAAGAUGUGGUUGCGAAGCCCAAAUGGUUAUCAGUCGUCAAAAAAAUGGUAAAUAUCGUAUUACCCUUUUUGAAGCGAAACACAAUCAUGAAGUUGUAACUCCACGGAGUAAACAUAAAUUGCCAUCACAAAGGAAGAUAUCAGCUGCCCAAGCAGCUGAAGCUGAAUUAGCAAAUCGCUCUGGGAUUAGGCAAAAAUUAGUUUUUGAGUUCAUGAGUAAACAAGCUGGAGGUAGGGAAAAUCUUGGUUUUACUCUUAAAGAUAUUAGUAAUCAUUUACAAUCUAAACGGAUGAGGGAAAUGAAAGAGGGAGAAGCAUUUACCCUUAUUCAUUAUUUUGAGAUGAGAAAGUCUGAAAAUGCUUCAUUUUUCUAUGAGAUACAGUUGGAUGUUGAUGAUCAAAUAACUAAUAUAUUUUGGGCGGAUCCUAAAAUGGUUGUGGAUUAUGAUUUAUUUGGUGAUGUAGUUUGUUUUGAUACUACGUAUCGAACCAAUAAAAAUCGUCGUCCAUUGGCACCUAUAAUUGGAGUGAAUCAUCAUAGACAAACUGUGGUCUUUGGUGCUGCAUUGUUGUAUGAUGAAACAGCUGAAACUUUUUCAUGGUUAUUUCGAACCCUCUUAAAAGUGAUGUGUGGAAAGAAGCCGGUUACAAUUUUUACUGAUCAAGAUCCAGCAAUGGCUAAAGCAAUUGCAGAAGUGUUACCAGAAUCUCAUCAUCGUUUAUGCCGAUGGCAUAUAUAUCAAAAUGCUCUCAAAAAACUCAACAGUUAUUUUCAGAGUUCAAAUUCAUUUGCUGCAGAAUUUAAAAGUUGUAUGUGUGAUCAUGAGUAUGAGGAUGAUUUUUUUCAAGCAUGGGAAUCAAUGUUAGAUAAACAUGGUCUUCAAGAAAAUAGCUGGCUGAAAUUCAUUUUUGAAGUUAGAGAAAAAUGGGCGAUGUCAUUUUGA